AUGGAGGCAAUUCCCAUUCGCAUUGCCGAUCGCCCUCGACAGCGCAUCUUCGUCGCUCGGUCACCCUCUGCUGGGACCACAGUCACGGGACGAUCUCGUUUGUCGGAUGGCUCGGAGUCUGCACCUCACGGACUCAAACUUCUGCCUAUUCAGGGCUUAAGCAACUUGGGCAUCAAGCAGACCAUGACAUUCACGUCGACAUCAGCAGCUCAAGCCAACUCUGCCUCCGACCAUCUCAAGACUGGGGCGAUGAUCACGCCGAUCCGCUCUCCGUUAUCCAGCACCCUUGAAUCGUUUCGAAGACUCACGUCUCACGGCAGAUGCUUGCGACGCAACGGGGCUGGCGAGUCGAAGUGGCACUUGGGCUUGCCACGCAGUCACGUGACCUGCUCGGAGGCUUCAACGACGCCUUCAACGACGGCUUCAUCCAUCUCGGGGCUGUACAGCGAGGCGCCACGACGAAGACCAUCGAGGAGAAUUGCCUUGUCCAGAGCCAUGAAUAAGUCCGUCUGCAUCUCCAGCACCGCCGGCUCUGAGAGUCGUCAUCCGGUUGCCGUCAGUUGCUAUAGUCCUAGAAAUUAG